GGCUUUCGGGCUCGGACGAUAGGCUACUCCAGUCCAGUAAACAUUCUGAACGCCGUUCAUCAGCCUAUGCGCAGUGUAGCCUAUCUCAGUGAGGAGGACGUAAACCAUGCGUGCGUUUCUUCUUGUCGUUUGCCACAAUGGAUUUUAAAUCUGAGCUUCUGAAGUCAAUUUGGUACGCGUUCACCUCUCUAGACGCGGAGCGCUGCGGAAAAGUUUCAAAGUCUCAGCUCAAGGUCCUCUCUCACAAUCUCUACACUGUCCUGAACAUCCCCCACGACCCAGCAGUCCUUGAGGAGCAUUUCCAGGACGAUGACCACGGCCCUGUGUCCAACCAUGGCUACAUGCCUUACCUCAACACCUACAUCCUGGCAAAGGCCAAGGAGGGGACCUUCAAUAAGGAGAUGUUUGACGAGCUGUGCUGGAUGAUGACGUCCAAGAAGAACUACAAGCCCACGGUGGAGAACGGCCUGUGCUCGGGGAAGAACAGCUUCAAGCUCUUCUGCUUGUUCAACCUGCUGUCGGAGGACCGCUACCCCCUCAUCAUGAUCCCGCAAGAGGUUGAGUAUCUGCUGAAGAAAAUCUCCACGGCGAUGAACGUGGAAUGGGACGGCGACCUCUUGGAGGACCUGCUGUCCCAGGAGGCCUCAGUGCAGGAUGGCGUGUCGGUGUGGGACUUCCUGGAGUUCAUGGACACAGGGCGUUUCAUCAGGAUAGACUCCAGGGAGGCCUUUAGUCUAGCACUGGACGAGGUCUUCAUGGAGAUGUACCACAAUGUCCUCAAGAAGGGUUACAUGCUGAAGAAGGGGCAUGUGCGUAAGAACUGGCAGGAGCGCUGGUUCGUGCUGAAGUCGGGGCUGAUGGAGUACUACGUCGGGGAGGAGCUGCGGGAGAAGAGGGGGGAGAUCACACUAGACCAAAACUGUGUGGUGGAGGCGCUUCCUGAUAGAGAGGGAAAACGCUGCUUGUUUUGUAUCAAAACUCCAGGAAGAACAUAUGAGAUGAGUGCCUCAGACCUGAAGCAGAGGGUAGAGUGGAUCCAAGCGACCCAGACUGCCCUGCGGCUCACCCACGAGGGCAAGAUCUCGCUGCACGGGGAGCAGAAGCUGCGUCGGCGGGAGCAGCGGGAGAGCAGCAGCAGCAGGCACAGCAGCCAGACGGAGGAGCCCGUCAGCCAGGAGCAGAACCAGGACCUCCAGAACGAGAUCGACAGCAUCAUCCAGCACCAGAAGGAGCUGGACAAACAGCGGCGAGAGAAGGAGCAUCAGGAGAAAGAGCAACAGCUUGAGCUUCAAAGAGACCUGGAGCAACAGCUGGAAGAGGUUAAGAAGGAAAAACAAAGUAUGGUGUCCCAGAUGGCCCAAAUGGAGGAGGAUGCCAAGCAGCAGCAGGAGAGGAUUGAGGAGCUGGUUCUGACCCAGAAGAUGCUUGAGAAAGCUCUCAAUGACCAAAUAGAGACUUGCCUAGAGGAGGAGAACAAACGCAAAGAGCUGGAAAGGCGGCUCAGUGAGGAGCAGCAGAAAGCUGAGCAGUUGCGGAGCGGUCAGGAGAACACAGAGAGGAGCACGCCCAAAGAAAAGGAGGCUGAGGAGGUGAAGAAUGACCAGGAGGAGCAGGAGCAGGAGCCUGCAGAGAAGGAGGAGGAGAAGACUGCGUCGCUGACCUCCUCCACCAUCUCCAGCCUGACUCCACCUGAGAGGUGGACCCCACCCCCCCUAGAGAAACCCAAAUCACCGGAAGGUCAGCGAAACAAGCAGUGGAAUGUCCACUUGACUCGUCUCAUGACACCUAUCACACCCGGAGAUCGGUCAGAUCACCGGCGUGUUUCCCCAAUCAUCAGCUGCCCCAUACAGGGCGAGGCUCUCACCAGCAACGAGUUCAUCACCAAGUUCCAGGCAACACUCAAAAAAGAGAAAGUGGAAGAGGACGAUGAUGACUACUAGACACUGCUGGGCAUGACCUAGUAAGACCCCAGAGCUUCAGCCAAUGGACCAGACCCAAGGGAGGGACCAUUAUAGAUGAAGUCAUACAACCAGCCACAAUCAGUUGCUCAAGAUAGCAUUAUGUUCCCAUUGCAUUGUUAUAAGAGGAAGCCAUGCAGGCUCGAACUUUCAGAGUGAUUUCAGGUUUCGGGUUUCAAUAUUGAUACACCUUUUCAACCUUGUUCUGUUUUUUUGACUGAAACCAAUUGUGAAACUGCCACUGAUUGCCUCAUGCUGAUCUGCUAUCUGCUUAGAAAACGGUCACAUUCAGUUAGAUGGAUAGAUAGAUAGAUACUUUAUUGAUCCCCAUGGGGAAAUUUCUGAAUUGGAUAUAGGCUUGCAAAGUAGCUCUUUCCGGCAACAGUAUCAACACUAAUUGUUGCAUCUCAUUAAGAGACAGAUGGGCCUCAGUCAACUGUUUUCCAUUUUUCUGUAUUUUUGUAAAUUGCUUUACAUUUAUCUGAGUGCAUUUGCACAGCUUCACCAUAAUGUCCAUGCUCAAUUGAGUAUUAGUAAAAUGUGUGGUGAAAUAUGAGGAAAUAUGCUGUGGUAAAUGUAUGAGGAAAUAACAUUUGUAGCCUAGGACUGCCGAGUAAAAUGAAAUUAAUAAAGUAAUUGGUAACAUUUAUUUGGAUAAACCAUAAAUUAGUCAGCAGAUUGUCAACAGGUAGUUUCUUGAUUAUCUGUAGAUAGUCUGCGAGUGGACUAUCCGAGUGAAGUGUGGCCAAAUAAUUUAUUAUGAAAGUAUUUAUUGUGUUAGGACGUUGUGUACCACCACACAACACAGAAUGCCUCUAAUAAAGCAAAUGUUCCA